AUGGCGUCCGCGAACACUGAGUAUUGGAUAGUUGCCACAUCCGAGAAGGCCUCCGGCAGCCGGGAUGGUACCUACUCACUCAUGAAGUCUAAGCUCCAGCAAGCCAAGAUAAUCGACGAUAUUGCUGUUAGUAAUUUGAACACAUUUUCGAUCUAUUUUCAGGCCAUACACACUCCAGUAUCUUUAAGCGAUAAAUGUCUAUUGCAGGUUUUUGAUGUGCCGAGUAAGCUAAAAUUUGGUCGGCUUGAUGAUCUGGUCGCGCUGCUCGAUGACGUCCAGAAGUACGAAAACCUCAUUGAACAGACGUGCCAUCGUCUUGAAAAGAUGGGACUGGAGGUAGAUCCCAGCGCCGAGUUCAAAAUCAUAUGGCAAAGAAAUACUCUGUCGGCUGAUGAGUAUUUGAAAAAGUUCGUGUGGGACGAGGCCAAGUAUGCCGCUACGAGGCUCUUAAGACAAAACGUUGAGUUGAUAGUAAAUUCGGUCGUCAAGUUGGAUGAUGAAAUUAGGGUGAAAGCGAGUCAGUUCCAGGAACUGAAAAACCAGCUUGCGGCCUUGAGCAAAGGCGCUAACUUGGGCAUGGCGAACCGCGACCUUGUCGAUGUCUUGACUCCCGACGUUGUCGGGAACGGUAACGGGUUUGUAUACUCCGAGAAGCUCAACACCGUAAUAUGCAUUGUCCCACGCUCGGAUUCCCCAAAUUUCGAACGCGAUUACUGGCGCCUCAACGAGUUCGUGGUUCCGACAAGCUUGGUGAAGUACGAGAUACCCAAGGACACCACGUCGAAUCGCACUGAAGAUGUGGCUGUAUACAGUGUUACCUUGUUCCGCAAGAAUGUGAACCAGUUUAAGGACGCAUGCAGGCAGCAAAAAAUCGUCGUCCGAGACAACUUUACAUUCGACCCUAAUGCCUUCACCGAAAAGGCGGGCCGUAAAGCUAAACUCGAAGCGGAAAAAAUGCAGCAAGAAGCUACCUUAUCCCGAAUCUGCGUCGCCGCAUUCUCGGAAUGUUUCGUAUCCCUCGUUCACAUGAAAGCUGCAAAUGUUUAUAUCGAAGGACUGCUUCGGUACGGAACGGAUACCAAAGUGAACUCCUACGUCUUACAGCUUCCCGCCAAAGUUAAAGAACAAAAGUUGCGUGACAUCAUCCUCGAGAUAAUGGGCACUAAAAAUAUCAUGGGCAAGGACUACUUCAUAAACGACAAGCAGACUGAUGACGAAACCCUAUAUCCGUACAUACAGCUGUCUUUAACGCCAUUUGUGCAGUUCCAGCAGAAGUAG